UUGUUUGAUCUACAAAAAUCGUUGCAGUUACGGCUGAGCUGUCCAUCAUGCCGUGCCAAUUUCGGAGCAAUCUACACCUACAAAAUAUUGGAAGGCAAACCAACGCUGCACAAAGUGCAAAAAAUGGAACAACCAACGCAGGUUGAGCCAUUCGAUGAGGCAAAUCCCCUUGAUUUCACUGUAUGCGAAAUUUGUUCCGGUGGAAUGCACGAAGAGCUUUUACUAAUUUGCGACCAGUGCGAUAGAGGAUUUCACACCUACUGCCUUAACCCUCCUCUGGAUGCGGUUCCAACCUCUGAACAAUGGUUCUGUCCUCAGUGUGAAGAAUCUCGAAUGAACCAGCCAUCCACAAGUCGAAGAAGUGAACCGUCAGCAAGAGCUAUUCGCCUUGUACAGCGAACCGCUCUUGCAGAGCGAGUCCGUCGAAUGCUGGCUCGCAACCGCCGAGUGUAG